UCCGGGAUUUCUUUUACAUAACUUGAGAAGGGAAAGGAAACGCGUAAUCUCCGCGCGACAGUUCCCAGAAGAGGGCAUCUGUCGUUCGCAGGGUUGUCAGCCUACCGCCCGCUAUCUGUCAGCAGCAGAUCCCGGCGAAGGGUGGUCGGGAUAUAAAAGAACAUCGUCUUCGCAUCGCGGAUGCAUACUGCGGUCGGGAGUUGCAUCGAGUGCAUCCGUUCGAACGACAUCGACGGCGCAUCGCAGAUCAGCAAAUUGCGAUAAACGUGAGUAAUGAUGGCUAACUACGCAAAAUGCGGAAUCGCUUUCGUCAUCAUACUCGGUAUCGUCUAUGGACAAGAGUUCGGGGCGCUCGAGGAUGCCGACAGGAACGUCCUGAAUCAAAAUCCACCGUGUAUUAGAGGAUUGGACAGCGAUCUCCAACUGGCCAGACUGUUGCUGAUGGCACCACGGUGCCCCCAUCCCAAACGCAAUUCCGAGCUCAUCAACUCGCUGUUGGGUCUACCGAAGAAUAUGCACAACGCCGGGAAAUAAAAGCAACGCCGCUUGCAAUCGUCGCGCGAAAAAAACCAACGAUAUCUCGGCACAACUAUUGCUUCUCCGCCGUGUAGUACAGCAGACUCCACUAAUGCUGUCCCAUUCCUUAAGUAGAGUGACAUCGAAAAUUCCCAAACAGAAGCAUUAUUUCUGCAUUACGACCGUCGAUAAUUUGGUGAAUCGGCAACGAUUCCCCAAAGCAGCAGUCAUGAUUUUACAGAAUAUUCAAAAAUAACGCGCCCAAUUGGAAAUAUUCAAUGUCAUCAUGCCUGGGGAAUCGGACAGCGUCAACGGGGUCUGCUGCGCGCAGAAUUAGAAAAUCUAGAAAAAAAAAAGCACAUCGGAUAGUGUUUGUUUCACA